AUGGCACCAAAGAAGGAUGUGAAGAAACCCACUGCUGCCGCACCUGCCCCAGCCCCUGCCCAUGCCCCGGCGGCACCUGCACCUGCCCCAGCUAAACCCAAAGAAGAAAAAAUUGACCUUUCUUCCAUUAAGAUCGAGUUCUCUAAGGCACAGCAGGAUGACUUCAAGGAGGCGUUUCUCCUGUUUGACAGGACAGGUGAAAACAAGAUCACCUUAAGCCAGGUUGGUGAUGUCCUUCGGGCCCUGGGCACAAAUCCCACCAAUGCAGAGGUCAAGAAGGUUCUAGGAAACCCCAGCAACGAAGAGUUGAAGGCCAAGAAAAUUGAGUUUGAACAAUUUCUGCCCAUGUUGCAAGCUAUUUCUAACAAUAAGGACCAGGGCACCUAUGAAGACUUUGUUGAGGGUCUGCGUGUCUUUGACAAGGAAGGCAAUGGCACAGUCAUGGGGGCUGAACUCCGCCAUGUUCUAGCCACACUGGGUGAAAAGAUGAAAGAGGAGGAGGUGGAAGCCCUAAUGGCAGGUCAAGAGGACUCCAACGGCUGCAUCAACUAUGAAGCUUUUGUUAAGCACAUCAUGUCCAUCUAAGCAGAGAUCUCAAGAAAAAGCAUUGUUUAUGAAGACUGGCUACAACCUGAGAUUAAUAGCACCGUGACUAACUGUCCAGAUCUGUUUACCAUCAUUCAGAAAAACAAAACAAUUUAGAUGCUUCAAGACUGAAGAACUCCCUGAAUUUUUUUAUAUCCCUUAAGUUUCUCUCUGAAUGGUAUUUGUGCCGCACAAACCAAGUGUUUGCUGCUCUAUACAAGAAGGAUAAACCAUGACAAUCGCAAAUCUAACCACCUCACUUUAUUAUCUACCAUGAGUCAAUGACUUAAAUAACAAAUCAAUAAAUAAUUUUGGU